ACGAGGGCGGUCGCACCUUAUUCUUAUCAGUGAGCGCCUGGAUCGCAUCUGACCAAAAGGAAAUGUUACAGAAAGUGCAUUUUGGUCUGGGACUCUUGUAACAAAUACAUGUUCAAGUUACACCAGAUUCUCUGUACAUUAUAGCUGCGCAUACUCUACCCGUACACUAUUCGUUAAUCCCACCAAGUCCUCGAGACAGACCAAAGUGGCCAUGAUCAGCGUCAUCCUGUGCUAGACUCCAGCAAUACAAGUCAGGAACGGAACUCGACUCCCCGCCGGCGGCUUUCAUCAUCGCAAACCCCCUUCGAGCCUUGGGAAGAACCACCACUUCUACGGAAGAGACAGACAUCGCCAACGCGCAAUUGGACGAUUGCCAUGGCGCAAUAUACAGCAUCGACUGGCUCGUCCUUGAGAGCUUCCCCAAACCUCCGACAACACCAUGCCGACACCAGCGCGGCCCCAGACACCACCGAAAAGUUUCCCGACUUCGAUACAUCACAAACAAUAAAUAACGGCAACGGCCGGUCUAUAAAUGCGGGUGCUACGGAUCAAUGGCGACCGAGAAGGGAAAGCAGGGUGACGUGGGCUCCCAGAGACUCUCCAGGGCCCGUAAAUGCCUACUCUCAUGGCCAUGGUCAUUCUAGGCAAAGGAGCAUUAGCAAUGCGAUACAUAGGAUGCGCUCGGGGAGUAUGAGCCAGAAUGCCCAUGAGAUUGCGGAAGCACUUCGCGCGCCAGUAUCCUACAAGCUAAUAGGGCUCUGUAUGAUGUGGUACUGGUCCUCAGCGCUGACCAACACCUCUUCCAAAUCGAUUCUCACAACCUUCGACAAACCCGCGACCCUCACACUGAUCCAAUUCGCCUUCGUCUGUUCCUACUGCCUCAUAGCCUCCUGGCUAGCCUCGACGUUUCCUAAGCUGCGCACCGCCGUGCCCGCACUCAAACACCCAAUCCGCAAGCCCUCGCGCGAUGUCAUCGUCACCACUCUACCGUUGGCAGCCUUCCAGAUCUUUGGCCACCUCCUCUCCUCGUCCGCGACCUCCAAAAUCCCCGUCUCGCUCGUCCACACCAUCAAGGGCCUAUCCCCCUUAUUCACCGUGCUCGCCUACCGUUUAAUCUUCGACAUCCGCUACCCGCGCGCAACCUACUACUCCCUCGUGCCCCUGACAAUCGGCGUCAUGCUCGCCUGUUCCGGCAAACACUCGUUCGGUGAGGGCCAAUUCCUCGGCAUCCUCUACGCCCUCAUAGCCACCAUCAUCUUCGUCACCCAAAACAUCUUCUCCAAACGACUCUUCAACGAAGCCGCGCGCGCCGAGCAAGAAGACGGACACAGCAACGGCCACCGCUCCAAGAAGCUCGACAAGCUCAACCUGCUCUGCUACUCGUCGGGAAUGGCCUUCAUUCUGACGUGUCCCAUCUGGCUGUGGUCCGAAGGCUUCUCCAUCAUAGGCGACUUCCUCUGGGACGGCUCGGUGGACUUGACAAAAACGCCUAACUCGUUCGACCACGGCCGCCUGACGAUGGAAUUCAUCUUCAACGGCACCUUCCAUUUCGGGCAAAACAUCCUCGCCUUUGUGCUGUUGAGCAUGGUGAGCCCCGUCACUUACAGCGUCGCUUCCCUGCUCAAGCGCGUCUUCGUCAUCAUCAUCGCCAUCAUCUGGUUCCGCUCGCCGACGACCAACGUCCAAGCCGUCGGCAUCGCCCUCACCUUUUUGGGGCUGUAUCUGUACGACCGCAGCCAGGAGAAGAACAAAGCCGAUCAGCGCGCUCGCUCGCUUUCUAGAAGCAAAAUGGACGAAUCCAUCCUCCCGCUCAACACGAAACAAACAACCGAAACUUCUCAGUAUCAACCCUCUUCUUCCCUCAACACACAAAUAGGCGGGUACGGGUAUAUGCCCUCACUUCAACCCGCAAGCAGUGCCGACAUUAUUGGAUCCAACAAGAAAGACGAUGGGCCCAACCCUUCAUCAACAGGAGGACUGGGAGGAGGGAGACAAAGAGGCGCGAGCAUGGCGAAACCUAAUGGGGGAUGGCUGCCGCCGGGGACGAGGCAGGAACAUACUUGGAGGGUUGGGGACCAGAGGGGGGGGCAGAAUGGUGCUGGUGCUGGUCCCGGUGGUGCUGGGGUAUCAGGGCUGCCGGCCGGGGUUGCUGUUAUGUCUUAGGAAGAAAAAGAAGAGGUUUAGCUAGCUAGCAUCAGCAACAGUUGGAUUUUGCACUUGUAAUUAUUAUAUUUUCAAAGUGUGGUUUUUUUGCUUCUAUAGAGAGGUUUUUUUUUUGGGUUUCUCUUGCAUGCAGGUAUUUGUUUUGGAUGCCCUGAGUUGUGGUGGUUUUGUUUUGGGUAAACUAAGUAGCGGAGGGUUCUGAUAUUCAUUCAUUCUUGGUUGGAUUGUUCAAGAGUGAGUGCAGUGGUAUUUUGGCAUGAAGAAGCGUUUGGAAGAAUGAAUGGGGGGGAAUGGAAGAAUGGAAGAAUAUAAACAAGCGAAGUGCAAACUGAACUUCUUCAAUAAAUGAAACCACAAGCCAACAUCCACCUAAAGUACACACUUAAGACCUUCCAUUUGAUGUCAUCCUCUUUCGGUGAAUAUCCUUUUCCCUUCUUUGUUUUUUUUCCCAACUUUUG